AUGGACUUGAAAACUUUCGCUGAUGAUGAAUUUGACCCCAAGGACUGGAUCAACCGGGCUUGGAGUAUUAGUGGGAAUCAAGAUAAAGAGAUAUUCGUAGCCAAUACAGUGACAAGACUUCAACUGUAUAUGAAACAACUUAGUAACUCAUUAGAUGAAACAACAACUCAAAUACUUACAACUGUGCCUCGAAUCAUUCAAGAUGUUUCGUCGUUACAACUAGAAGGUGCGUUACUCCAACAGAAGUUAAGAAGUUUAGAACAGCAAGUUCAGAGCGUGGAAGAAGAGACUGGGCACUCUAUUGAGAGUUUACAGAAGAUAGAUUUAUUGAAGAGCCGAUUAGAGAAUGCGGCAUCAGCCCUCCGCGAGGCAGAUAAAUGGGCGGCAUUGGCUUCCUCACUCGAAGACACCUUGGAAGCAGGGAUACCAACACAACUUGACAAGCUGAAGGAGGUGGCUGAGCUGGUGGUCGCUAUGACUGAUAGCUUAGAGGUUCUUAGCGAUGCACCCGACUAUGAGAAGAAACGCACACAGUUGGAAUUGUUAUAUAACAGGCUAGAGGCGGCCAUAAGCCCAGCAUUCAUCGAAGCACUCACUCAAAUGGAUGCAGAUCGCACGAGUGCCUAUGUGUCAAUAUUCCGCGGUAUGAAUCGUUCCGUGUCCGCACAUCGUUGUUGGCGACGCGCUGCGGCCGCUAGACAUUCGUCGAAUUGGCGGCGUCUUGACUCUCACUCUCUCGCGGCACUUACUCGACAACUCACCAGUGAUGCUAAUAGACAGGUUGAGUGGCUGACAACAGUACUAAAGUCGGAAACGCCUAUAGCGGAAUUGAUAAGACUUUACACAGACCUGCUUUUGUCUUUGGAUCCGUCACCGACUAAGAUUGUGUCGGCGAAUUUUAAAUUAUGCCAAUCAGCUGAUGAAGGGAUGACCAUGUUGAUCGAUUUGAAAGCAGAUAUAAAUGAAUUUAUUGAUUGUAUUAUUAGACUCAUAGGUGUUGGUAAUAAAGAGAAAUUAUCAAAAGCAACUCUAAGAGAAUUGGGCAAAAUUGUUUACGCCCCGUUGAGAGAAAUGAUGCCGAGUUAUCAACAACUUCAGACUCAAAUAUUUCUCGCUUAUUUAGAUGAUCCGCGGUUGAAUGAGAAGGAUCUUCUAGAAAACUCUAGAGCGAUACAAUCAAUAGCAGAAGAGAGCGACAACUGGUUGAGUUCUUCUUAUAACAGAGGGAAGAAGAUUGCAGGAGAUGCUAUAUUCAUCCAUUUUAGUUCGGCCUUGGAGACAUUUAUGACCACAAUCCUCCGUUCAAUAAGCAGUCACAUGCGCCUGAUUGAGACCACAUUCCUCUCAUCAGCAACAAAAGGUCAACAUGAAGGUGUUCUAAGCGUGACAUUCCCCGCGUCCUUGACCCUGGAGACAGCUGCUGGUCUACUCAUUGAUGUAAUGGUUAAAUGGCAGGCUGCACCAGAAGAAACUCCCGAUGAGAAUCCCCUAUUCGAUCUUCCUGUCCUGUUAGGCCAGGAGUCCCGAGAAACUAGGGCUUCGCCCUCGCUAGCGGAGCUCCGCAGAUUACGAGAUCAGUUGAAGACCCUCGCUAGGACGAUAUUGAGGAAUCCAGUUGAUGUCCAAUUAGAUAAAAUUCCGAACCUAUCAUUAUGGUACAAUAAUGAUGCGCUGUCAACUGAUCUUCCAGACUUCGCGCUAUCGCCACAGGAGUAUAUCACUGAGAUUGGUCAAUAUUUGAUGACAUUACCUCAGCACCUGGAAAUGCAUUUAUCGGAAAAACAGGCGCCGUGGCAAUUUUUAUCCGAGGUUUGCACGUAUACGUGCGAAGUGUACGCUGAGAAGAUACUUAAUAUACGCAACAUGGACCCGCUUGGUACGAAACGUUGUCUCACAGAUAUUGAUGCUCAGAGUUCAAAAAGAGUGAAACGUGAAUGCAGUUAUGGUGAUAAAUGUUAUAGAUUAAAUCCAGCACAUUUUCGAGAAUUCAGCCAUCCGCAUUUGGAAAGCAUACUAAAUACCUAUGAAGGAAACGGUGACUAUGAUAUACCUCAGCAAUAUUCAAUGCAACGGAGUCAGAUUAUCGAACAAUUAAAUAUUAUUGUUGAGAAGAACUUUGAUAAACAUUCAAGUACACAGACCAAAGAUGAAACACCGAAUACACAAAGUACUAAUGUAAUGCAAAUAAAACCGCAGAAAAUAAUGGCGACCAAAACUAUUCCACAGAGUAGUCAGGAUAGUGUUAAAAUUAUUAGAGAAAAAUCACAGAAUCAAGAACAAAAAGUUAGAGAUUCUGACUAUAGACCAAUAGUGCCACCGACUCGAAAAUACUCGGAGUAUUUCAAAGUGAUUCCGGAGAAAAACAAAAUGGCGGCAAAACAUGACGCCUGCGCACCGUAUUAUAUAUUCUAUACCACCAUUACAGAUGCAAAAGAAACACACACACAGCCGUAUUCUAUAAGUUUUCAAGAAAUAUUGGAUUCCAGUCUCGGCGAAUUGAAGUGUUCGCUGCAAAUAAAUUUUAUGGUUGAUGUGAGCUGGCUUCUUGCGCAAUAUUAUUUCGCUGGAUACAGGUAA